AUGAUAUAUUUCCAUGAUUGGCAAGCCCUUCAGCUGUAUUUGCAAAAGGUUGUUGCGGAGCACGAUUUUCAAGGUUGGUUCAACCAACAUGUUAUAUUUGAAUUCAAAAACAUCAUAAGAAAGCUCCAAUCAAUCCCAAGGUUUGUGAACGAAUGCAUCCCUUCCUAUGUGCUUUUACGUGAAGCGAUUUCCGCGAAAAUCGGCUCUCCAAUCGACAUCUUGCAAGCACAAAAAUUUAACCGCGAUGUGGAGCACAUUUUAGCGUUGCUAAAAUCGAUUUUAAAGCUAGAGGAGGAUCCCACUGUUUUGGAUCUUCGGUCAAAUUCGUCAAAAUUAUUUCCCCUGCUAACGGAAGAUCAAAAAUGGAUUAUAUACAAUAUUAACUACACAGACUCUCUUUUGGAUUUCUUGCGGAAACAAUUUCUUAAAGAUUUCGAGAGUUAA